UAUAAUGUAUUGCUAGUAAUAACAGCGGCGUCGAAGUGCAAACAUCGACGACGUCGCCGGGCGUCGUUUAUUUUGAAACCAUGUUUUGCAAGUUGCAAAUCAAAGCGUCAAUCAGUGGAUGAAGCGCAGAUCAAUCAAUUGCAAUAGAAGCGAUAUUCAUCGGUAUUUCGUGCGGAAAAAGGUCGGACAGAGAAGAUAAUUAAGAUGCAGAUGUUGGAUUAGAGUGUUCCGGUAUAAAACAGGAGCAAUAAAUGUGAUUUGGCGCGGAGAUUCUUCUCCACCGGCGGAAGAGAUGGCUCCGAUCAACAUUUUGGAUGACGAUCAUUUCGCGAUCAGCGCGAUCGUCAUCGUCGCGAUGCAAGUGAUCUUCUUCACGGUCGUCGCAACGUUUCAGAUGGACAAAGUCACGGACUUUGCCGGCGGCAUCAAUUUCAUGAUUCUCGCACUUCUAACGUUCUUCCUGGGUCAAGGGAAUCGAAAAAACUAUGAUAAUAGACAGCUAAUGGUGACGGUGUUUGUCUGCAUUUGGGGUGCUCGCCUCUCUGGGUAUCUUCUCUACCGGAUAUUGAAGAUCGGAAGAGAUAAACAGUUCGAUGAUAAGCGAAGCAAUGUUAUCAGAUUCGCUAUAUUUUGGACGUUUCAGGCCAUUUGGGUUUAUGUCGUAAGUCUUCCUGUGAUAAUAAUCAAUUCCCCGCGACACGCUAUUCCGAAUGCCCCGAAAACCAUGACGACGCUGGAUUCAGCAGGAACUGGACUGUUCGUGAUUGGUUUACUAGCGGAAACCUACGCGGAUUUACAAAAGUUUUCCUUCAGGCAAGAUCCUACCAAUCAAGGGAAAUGGUGCAAUGAUGGUUUGUGGCGAUUGUCCAGACAUCCGAAUUACUUCGGAGAAAUCGUCCUUUGGUGGGGAAUAUUCGUGAUCUCACUGAACGUUAUAGAAGGAUACGAAUGGGUUGCCAUAGCCUCACCCAUAUUCACAACUUUCAUCAUUUUAUUUCUCUCCGGAAUGCCGGUUCUGGAGAGAUCAUCCGAUGAUAAAUUUGGAGACAUAUCCGAAUACCGGUAUUACAAGGCUUCCACUUCGCCCCUGAUUCCGAUUCCACCCGCUUUCUACGUGGAAGUGCCAAAGUUCCUAAAGUUCAUCCUGUGCUGCGAAUAUCCGAUCUACGAUACCGUCGAUCUGCGCAUGAAGGCCUCCCAGAUCGUGAAGGAGUCGACCUGCGGGUCUUUGGCUCAAUCGCAGACAUAGCUAUAGCUGUGCGCUGGCCCUGAAGCCGGCGACCCUCGGUCUUCCACCAACACCUCAAACACCGCCGCAGACAAACAGCAAUGUCAAAUUACUUCCCUUUGAAUGGGCGACAUAGAAGUGUUAUUGUAAUUAUUUUUUUACUCGUUCAAGUUUUCCAGUUUCGUAGCAAUUAGCGUAAUCCUUGUUAAUCUUGCGGUACGAAUACACUGUUUGAUAUUUGUUCCUUCAUCCAAGCUCUGAUGAUUUGGAUGCUAAAUGUGAAUAAAACGGUUUAGAAAAUGAUUAAUUAAUGGCAUUGAAUCAAUCAAAAAAUCUAUUACUAAGUAUUAGCUAAAAUUAUGUAUCUCGUAGAGAAAUGUUCUUAAAACGUACGAAAAUAUUCUAGCUGUAUCGAUAUUGAGUCUAUAGUGUAUUCGUAUCUUCAGAGCUACAAUUCCAAACAUAUCGUAUAUUUAGGCAAUACAAAAAAAAAGUAUAUAUAAUAUUUAUGCCUAUAUGCAGCAUUCGACUUAAUAUGUAAAAUGUUCGAAUUAAUUAGUGUACAUAUUCGUAGAUGAAUAAAAACAUCUUUCAAUUUAAA